AAAUGCAGGCUCGGCCUCGUCAUUUUUUGACGACCUCGUCGGGGAUUUUCGAGUCCCCUGUACCCAGGUCUUACGUCCCCCUGAGCCUCCCCCUUGGCAUCUUCGGCGAGGGCCGUUUUGCCAUUUCGGGCGUGUGCAUUUUUUCUUCGGCGAGGGCCCUCGAGGAGCGUCCUUGAUCCUGUGGCGAAAAGACCGCUCGCGAAACCGAGAAAAAACACAGGGAGUGGACGUCCGAGCGAUGGCCAGCCCCCGAUCCAUGGAUUUGGUGACCGCGCGCCAAAGCCAUGGAUCGCCAAUCCAUGUUGGCGCGCCCCCGAAGAUUUAAGAAGAGUCCAAAAAUAGGCGGGGGACGAUUUGUUUGAUUGAUUUUGACUAUCUGGGGUCAUUUAUGGGCCAGGUUCAAGUUGUCCUCCAAAACCCGCCUGUAAGAGGACCUGCCCGACCUAAGCCGAGGACGAGGGUGGCCAUGAGGAGGGCGAGGCCGAGUCCGAGCACGAGGAGAUGAGUAGCGUCGACAUCGCCGUCCUGGUAAUGUUCUUCGGGGGCGCGAUCCUGGGCCGCUGCGGCCAGAUGUUCCUGAGCUAUCCGGAUGCCGACGUUCGCGUGUCUGCGAACCGAAUGUUUUGCGUCGCAGUUUCGAUUUUCAUCGCGAUGACAAUUUGGAGUUUGUGCCAUAGCUUCCUCGUGCAUCAGCUCAUUCCGAGCCCUUUUCCGAGAGGCCUCGCGAUUCUCGACGAGGUCAUGCAGCAGAGGGCUGAAUUGUUCAUCAUGGUUUGCCUCUUUGCAGGUCUGUGGAUAUUGAUCAGCUUGUUCUGUCACUGGACAGGUGACUCUAAAUUGCGUGAAUGGCGUGGGGCUGCUAAAACGUUGACACCUCAUGUCUGUGGAUUCGCUGGUGCCAAUGUGGUGAUGAGGUGCAUGGUACUGGCGCACGCGUGGGCUGGUAUGAUGGGCGUCGCCGUGGCUGGAGUUACCACAUGUGGGGUCCUCCUGCUCUGCAUGGCGGCAACGGAGGCUAUGCGCCAGCAGCGAUGCUACACAGAGACCCUCUCAGAACAGGAACAGCACGAAUGCUUGGAAGCUGCAAUGGAGGGUGAAGAUGAAGCCGCUGCUUUUAUUACCAGUGCCGUUCUGCUUGGAACCUCCGCAGUUGCAUUUCACAUGGGCAAUUGUGAUGUCGAAGAGCACGUGGGUAACAUCGAGCAUACCCAUUGCGUACAAGCUUGCAUGAAAGUGUUAAUGUAUUUAUUGGCACCCUUGAUCAUCGUGUUCCCAUGUGCUGCCAACAGCAAACUUUGUGGCAGCUGUACUGGUCGCUCUAUGUUUCAGAGGUCUGCGCGAAACGUGAAGGUCAUCAUGGCCAUGACGAUAAGUCGUGCGUUGCUCUACGUGACACGUUCUACAUUCGAGGGCAUGAUUGAUCAAUCAGCAGUGGCCCAGCUUUCGACUGCGAUUGUGGUGUCACUUAGCGCGAUCAUUUUGACAAUUGCCUUCGAUUCUAUUGCUGAUCGACUGGAGAAAAAGGCGGUCGAAGAAGGUCCUGACACCCGUGUCAUGGAUGGAAACUCAGAUUCGGAGGAUCUUCCAGAGUGCCCGGGGAACGUCUGCAGCCCGCUCAGCGGAGGAGCAUCUCCGAGCAAAGCGGCGGUCCAGCAUUUGAUGUUUUCCACGCGCAAUUUCAUCGGCGUCUUUGGCCUGCUCGUUGGCCUGAGCUGGGAGGCCGUCUUCGAGGCGGGCAACAAGACGCUCGUCACGUGGAUCAAUGACCAGAUCCACGCGGACGGCAUGGGCGACCACAAAGUAAUCCUGCAGACUUGCUUGACGCUGCUCGUCCUGGGCGUGGUGUUGCCUGGCUGGGCCAAGUACCUUGUCCCCCUGGCGGAGAGGACCAAGGAGUUUCACAAUUCCAACAUCGAGCAUGAGAAGGACACGACACCUGUGAUGUGUGAUCGCAGGACACUGCGCAUGUUGGUGCGGAGGGGCGCCUGCUGCUGUCGUCGAUCACACGACCACGGCGCUGAGUCCGAUGAUGACGAGACGUCAUGCGAGGAGUAAGUACUAUCCUCGGACGGAGCGGCAGCGUAAUUUGUGUAAGGUGUUGACCAGCCCGGCCGAGCUUGCCGCCCAAGAUGCGUGGUGAGUUUUCACCGUUUGUACGGCGGAUCGUGGCUUUCUUCCAGCGAGCCCAUUUCGAGAUACGCCUGGCGGCGGCAGUGCUCGCGAACACGACGUGCGAGAGCCGAGAACAUGUUUUCCCCAUUCGGGAGAGCGUCUCCUGAGCACACUGGGAGACGGUCAGGGGGAAGGCUACGAGCGCCCCCCUCGUCGAAAGCCCCAAAAGAUCAAGGGGCACGGCCACGACAACGC